AUGAAUUCAAUUCAUGAUAGUGCCACCGAACUUGUAGUGUGUCAAAAUCUACCUGAUGAAUACGAUUUCAUCGUCAACCAACGCAAUUUCAAUGGACGUCAAUAUGUUAAUUAUUCAUUGGAACUGUUUAAUUCUAUUGAUCCUGCCAGCACUGGUAUUACCACCGCCAUAUUGAC